UAAAAGGGUGAGUCCCCACCCCUCCUCCAGCAGAACAGGCUUUCCUCUCAGAGUGCACCACAUCUCUGGGAAUGUUUUGGUGUAAUUAGACACAAAUCUAAAUUAUCUUUCCUCGCUCGGUUUAUUCUAAGCGUGUCCUUCGUUAUUACUUGACUUCAACGGUUUUCGGCCAUCGUUUUGAAUCCGGUCUGUAAUAGGCCCUUCCAUUCAGUGAGCAAUUCAUUCAAACCUAAAUACACCAAAAGGAACCAGGUUUUUUGAAGAAAUCGUCCGGACAUUUGCUUUGUGUGUUUGUUUUUAACUGAAAGGAUUUUAGUGGCAUCCUGCCACAUCUUCACAAGCAUGAAACAGCCCUCUGCCAGAACUGAGAUGAGCCGCUUCAACAUCUCUCCCGAAGACGACAGCAGCAGCGCCAACAGCAACGAGUACACCUACUGUCCCACGGACUGUCCACAGAAGGUCCCACUGGGCGGCCAAUACUCUGACAUAGAAGCAGAGAGUCAAAACUUCCUCCCCGAACACAACCCGAGCAAGAAGAAGUAUGAGACCGAAUACCACCAGGGCAACGCCUCCUUCGGGAUGUCCGUCUUCAACCUGGGCAACGCCAUCAUGGGCAGUGGCAUCCUGGCUCUGUCCUACGCGAUGGCCAACACUGGCAUCGCCCUGUUUGUGAUUCUCCUCGUGUCCGUUGCCAUCUUCUCCUUGUAUUCUGUCCACUUGCUGCUGAAGACGGCCAACGAAGGAGGUGCGCUGGUGUACGAGCAGCUGGGCUACAAAGCUUUCGGGAUGCCGGGGAAGCUCGCCGCUUCCUGCUCCAUCACCAUGCAGAACAUCGGAGCCAUGUCGAGCUACCUCUACAUCGUCAAAUACGAGCUGCCCAUCGUCAUCGAAUCCUUUAUGGGAACCAGCAAUGGAGAAUGGUACACUAACGGUGACUACCUGGUGCUGAUGGUGACGAUUUUAAUUAUCUUGCCCCUGUCGCUGCUCAGGAACUUGGGCUACCUUGGUUACACCAGUGGUCUGUCCCUGCUCUGCAUGGUGUUCUUUCUGAUUGUGGUGAUCAUCAAGAAGUUCCAGCUCCCGUGCCCGCUCCCCGAGGACUUCAGCACUCUGAACGAAACGAUAAGCAAAGUGCUGAACGCCACCUUGUCCCACCUGAACACCACCGCCGUGGACUACAGCGAGGACUUAUGCACUCCAAAAUACUUUGUCUUCAACUCUCAGACUGUGUACGCCGUUCCCAUCCUGACCUUCGCCUUCGUGUGCCACCCCGCCAUUCUGCCCAUGUACGAGGAGCUCAAAGACCGUUCUCACCGAAGGAUGCAGGGUGUUGCCAAUGUGUCCUUCCUGGCCAUGUUCAUCAUGUACCUGCUGGCCGCCCUCUUCGGAUAUCUGACCUUCAACGUGCACGUGGAGCCUGAGUUGCUGCACACCUACUCCAAGGUCUACAAGUCUGAUGUGCUCCUGCUGGUCGUCCGUGUGGCUGUGCUGACCGCUGUCACGCUCACCGUCCCCGUGGUGCUGUUCCCUAUUCGUACCUCCGUCAACCAUCUGCUGUGUGCCUCCAAGGAGUUCAGCUGGAUCCGCCACACAAUCAUCACCACGGUCCUGUUGGCCGGCACCAACUGCUUGGUCAUCUUUGUCCCCACCAUCAGGGACAUCUUUGGCUUCAUCGGCGCCUCUGCUGCUGCCAUGCUCAUCUUCAUCCUGCCCUCGGCUUUCUACAUCAAACUGGUCAAGAAGGAGUCCAUGAAGUCUGUGCAAAAGAUCGGGGCCGCCGCCUUCCUGCUGUUAGGCUUCUUUGUCAUGAUCGGCAGCAUGACCCUCAUCAUCCUGGAUUGGAUCCACAAUGCCACAGCCAGCCCGGUGGUACACGCCGACGGACUCUAAAGCUCCACUUCUCCAACAAGGAGAGAGGAGGCUCCUGGACUGCUACGACUGCGCAAACCAACAAAGAUCAAACCUAUUGUAAAAGAAGAAAAACACAAGAACUCACUUGAUGCUCUGCUUUGACUUCCUGAGCGACAAACCAUGCCAUUCCAAGAGAAUGUAUUGAACUUGUACAGUAUGCUGUUAUAGGCCACAAAGAUUGGUGUUUUACUUGUUUCUUCUCUUUUGUCGUAACUUUUUUUCAUUGUUGUUUUUGCUAAAAAAAACAAAUGUUUUUUUAAUGUUCUUUUGUAGGUAUGGUACAGCGGAAAACAAAUAUUUGAAGGUGCCUCAAAGCAGAGAUGACAUAGUUGUAGAUUUCAAAAUGAAGCUUACACUCAGGUACGGCGUGCCGGUGUGGCUGUGACCUCAGAGCUCAGCAACAACCAAUCCUGCUGAGAAACAUACGUGAACCUCCUGAAGAUCGACGAGGUAACUUGAAAGUUCAUCCUCCUCAAGGGCGAUUCAAUUCCUUCCAACAUUUGUUUGUUUUCCUUUUCUUUUUUUUGACUUUGCCAAAAAUGUAUUUGUUUAGCAUCUUUGUAUAUUGAAAAGCACUUACUGUUCAGCACACUUGGAGAAAAACAAUGUCAGUUUUCACAGGCGAGGCCUACGACACCGCCUUUUGAGUAUUUCGUACAAAGGCUUUGUGACCUUACUUAGUGUCAGCUUUCCAUGUAAACCCCAAUAUAAGUCAACAGAACCUGCCUUUUCAAACCUGACACUGAGAGCUGUAGAGUUCCUCAUUCGAGGACUCUCACAAACUGUAUUUACUCUUAAAAACCUGCUGAAGAUCUUGUUGGAAAAGCGCGAUCAGUGACGACACUACUUUUUUUUUUGUCUUUACGGGAGAAUACUUUGAAUUUGACCACACGCAGUGGUUGUAAUAUACCUGUUAAACUUGCAGAAAAAAAACAAAAAACGAGAACCAGUCUGUCACAAUAUUUUGAGUGUUUUUUUGUGUACAGUUGUGCAGUUUUCUGCUUUCGAAACGUUUCACAAAGAAGAACUUGAUGACUCGACGCGGACUUCGUUCCCCGUCGAGUCGUGAACCUGUCAUCUGACGGUGCACUGUGCUUCCAACACUAACUUAACACAUCACCAAACUGUUAUUGUCCAACAUCUAUUUAUGGAAGACCGUGAAAUCAAUGUAAUUUAAUCUAUUUUACUAUAUUUAUAAAAUAUUGUAUGUAUAUAUAUAUAUAUAUAUAUAUAU